UUUUUUCCCCAAACUAGCGCACUUUUUAUAGCCGAACGGCCCCUUAUAUCAUAUGGUGACUCUCUCUGUCUGACAUCUCCAAACUCCGUUCCUGUUCCCUGCCAUCUUCGAUUCUCUUUCCCAUUCACUUCACUUCACUCUCCGACGACUGACAUGGACCCGCCGCCGCCCCGGAACCCUAACACCGCCGUUGCGUCCGAUGAACCGACUCACCCCUCAAACUCAGACGAUGUUUCAACCUCAACCUCAACCUCAACCUCAACUCCUCUGACUUCCAUGAAACCUCCACCUCCGAAAUUUCUAAGCAAGCCGGACUCCAAUUCAUCUCAAUCAGAACCGGUAAUUUCUCAAAGCGGUGCAGAACAGCCUGCUGAAAGUGCUAAUGCUCAACUUAGCUCCAGCUCGAGCUCCGUGUCCAAAAGUAAAGACGACAAUGAAGACAAGAAGAAAGACCAAAGACCCAGUGCUUCUGUUCCGUACACAAUUCCAACGUGGAGUGGACGCCCCUGUCAUCAGUUUUACCUUGAAGUGCUUAAAGAUGGCUCCAUCAUUGAUAAAUUUGACGUUCACAAGAAGGGGGCGUACAUGUUUGGGCGUGUUGAUCUCUGUGAUUUUGUCCUUGAACACCCGACGAUCUCUCGUUUUCAUGCUGUUUUGCAGUUCAAGGGGAACGGCAGUUCUUAUGUUUAUGACCUUGGUAGUACACAUGGGACAUUCGUAAAUAAAAAUGAGGUGAAGAAGAGAGUUUUUGUGGAGCUGCAUGUUGGUGAUGUCCUUCGAUUUGGACAAUCGUCACGGUUAUACAUAUUUCAAGGACCAACUGACCUGAUGCCGCCGGAAGCUGACCUGAAGAGGGUAAGACAAGCGAAGAUCCAGGAAGAGAUGCAUGACAUGGAAGCGUCACUUCUCCGUGCAAAACUGGAAGCAUCCCGUGCAGAUGGGAUCUCAUGGGGUAUGAGUGAUGAUGCUAUUGAGGAGAACGAGGAUGAAGUUGACGAAAUAACUUGGCAAACUUACAAGGGACAACUUACAGAGAAGCAGGAAAAAACCCGAGAAAAAGUUCUGAAAAGACUUGAAAAGAUUGCUCAUAUGAAGAAAGAGAUAGAUGCUAUUCGGGCUAAGGAUAUUUCUCAAGGUGGAUUGACACAGGGACAGCAAACCCAAAUUGCUCGUAAUGAACAGAGGACCUCACAGAUAAUGGAAGAGCUUGAAAAUUUGGAAGAGACUUUGAAUGAUAGUAUACGUGAAAGUCUUGGUGCACGUGCUGGAAGGACAUCCCGUGGAAAGAAAAAGGAGCCUGAAGAAGAAGAGUUUUCGAGUGAGGAGGAUGAGUUCUAUGAUCGCACACAGAAGCCUUCGAAGAGAAAAACUGGCGAAAAUCAAUCAAUUGAGACAGCUGAUUCUCUUCUUGAUAAGAAGGAUGCCAUUAUCAGGGAAAUGGAAGACAAGAGAAAAUCAUUUCUUGAUGAAAAGGGUGGUGCAGGUCAAGGAAGCGAGGUUGAAGCUGGAGAUGAGCUGGAUGCUUACAUGUCUGGGCUUUCAUCUCAGCUAGCUCUUGAGAAGAAGGAAAAGCUUCACAAGGAACUCUCCACUCUCCAAACGGAGUUAGACAGGGUACUUUACUUGCUAAAGAUUGCUGAUCCUACUGGCGAGGCUGCUAAAAAGAGGGAGCUGAAAGUACAAGAACCAAAGACCAGUUUGAUCAAAACUGUCGCAACUGAUGCCCAUCAGCAGCCUCCACCCGAGAAGAACAAAAAAGACACAGCAGAACGUAAGGGCUUAAUGGAGAAACAGGAUACUAUUGACGCAAACUCUACAUCCAGUCAAGAAACAAAGAAGGAAAUUGUGGCUGAUGCAGCUGAUGUUAAAAAUGUUGUGUACACUGUUAGUAAGCCCCAAUGGCUUGGUGCUGUAGAGGAAAAACAAAAACCAAAACAAGAGACAGUUAUUGAGCCACAAACAGAACUUCAAGAAAAUGAUCAAUUUGUUGACUACAAAGACAGGAAUAAAGUUUUGGUAAAACCAGAUGCUACAGAGUUGACUACUGACUCUGGAAUUGAAAGUGCAGCUCCUGGACUAAUAAUAAGGAAGCGAAAGCAAGUUGUGAAGUCUGAUGCCACUGAAGUCAAAGAUUCUCAACAAUCCUCUGGAGCUGAUAUGCAAGCGGAAGAUGCGGUGGCUCUGCUGUUGAAACAUUCUCAAAGAUUCCAUAGUACUGAUGAUGAGGUGGGGUUUAGUGGACAUGAUGUAUCACAUGAAAGUCAAACCAGGAAGGAAAAGAAAAAGCAGAAGAAGGUUCUUGGUCCAGAGAGACCAUCAUAUCUGAAGAGUGAGGACUACGAUUCUUGGGUUCCUCCUGAAGGGCAAUCAGGUGAUGGACGCACCUCACUGAAUGAUCGUCUUGGUUAUUGAAUGGAUGAGACAUCAAAUAUUUGACAGAUAAAUUGUGGGAUUGGGUAGCUCGACUUACAGCCUGCUGAUGGAUCAUGUAAUUAAAUAGCAUUUACAGCUUGGUGCGGGAUCUCAUCUUGCAAAAAUUCCUUGACAGGAGGCACGUCUGAGGGGGAACAGCAGAGGGGGUCCAAAUCUGUGAUGUUUUAUGCUUGGCUGCAACACCAAUCUUGAUAUUAUAGGUGGUAUAAUUCCAUGACAGACGCUUGUUUGAGAGAAGAAAAAUAAGUAGAAAUGGGGAAGGUACAGGAGCUGGAUUUCUAUCCCCUUCUUCAGCUCUUGUAACUUCUGUUAAGAGUACCAAGAACCUGACACCUUCCUGAUUUAGAAUUGUAUAUACAGAUUGACCCGGAAAGAUUAGAGAUAAUGAGAAAUGUGCUUGUAAUGCAAUGCUCUGUAACCGCUCCAGAAGGCGUAUAAGCGAUUUUGUGUACCAUGAUUCAAGUCCCUUUUUUGUUUGUAUAAACAGUACUUGGCAGCCACUGAUCGAUUAAUCAAGUUUACGUUGCAUGAGGCCCAUUAAAGGGGAAUAACUCUCUAUUCUCAAUCCAAAGCCUUUGAUCAA